GAAAAGAUUCCGUUUAGGUACGCGACGGCUUGACCUCGAUUAUAUUAUCUCUCCUCUUAAAAUUUCCAACUUGAACGUCAAGUUUAUUAUUUUCCCCAUUCUCCCUAUAUUUAUAUUCAAAGACUCUUCUCUUUCAGAUCUCUUUUCUUUUUUUCCUCUCUUUGAUUUAUGGUCUCUAAUCCUAACUGGUUUGAUAAUCGAAGUUGUUUGUAUGACUAUGGCUAAGAACGGAGACAACAUGGAAUAUACUUUGAAAAUACAGAGAUGUCAAGAGUACAUAGAAUCACUAGAAGAAGAACAAAAGAAGAUCCAAGUUUUUAAGAAAGAGCUUCCCUUGUGUUUGUUGCUCGUUACACAAGCUAUCGACUCGUACCGGAAGGAGUUGUCUGAAAUUUCCAGUUCAGAACACAUUCAAUCAGAAGGUUCUGAGCGGACGACAAGUGAAGACGGUUGCACUGCCUUGUAUGAGGAGUUUAUGCCGAUCAAGUCUGAUGAACACGAAUCUUGUGAACGUAUCAAAGAAGAUGAAGCUGAAAAUAACGUUGAUAAGAAGAAAUCUGAAUGGCUUCAGUUAUGGAACCAGUCUCCGGAUCCUCAGCUCAAAGAGACAACAAAGGUGGUGGUGGAGGUGAAGGGAAACUGCGGUGCGUUUGAACCGUUUCAAAAAGAGAAGUCUCAACCGUUGAAAGCAAUCACUCCAACGCCUACGGCGUCGAGUUCCACGGCGGAAACAGGGGGAAAUAAAAAGGAGAUGGAGAAGCAGAAACAAUUACAAAUGCAUCGGAAGCAAAGACGUUGCUGGUCGCAAGAAUUACACCGGAGAUUCCUAAACGCCCUUCAGCAGCUCGGAGGAUCACAUGUUGCUACGCCUAAGCAGAUUAGAGAUCUCAUGCAAGUCGAUGGUCUAACCAAUGACGAAGUUAAAAGUCAUUUACAGAAGUAUAGACUGCACACAAGAAGACCAGCUACUCCGACAGUGACUAACGGCAGCGAAAAUCCACAGUUAAUAGUUGUGGAAGGCAUUUGGGUGCCAUCGCACGAUGCAGUAGUAAAUAACAAAGUUUACACUCCCGUUGCAGUACAACCGCAGCCACGCUCAUCACCGUCCGAACCGAGAAGCAUCCAACGUUGCAAACCGCCGACAGCAUCUUCGGCUACACACCCAGCACACCGUCUUCCUCUUUCAUAACUAGUUUAACCUCAUACGGAAAUUCUUUUCUUUUUGUAAACUAAGAAAGUUCCUUCAUAAUAAAAAUUUUUGAUCUUUUGAGUUUUACAAAAAAAAAUUAUUUAACGUGGAGAAUUUUCUAGAUAUAUGUUUAGAAAAGAAUAUUUAGUAUACAGUGAAACAUAUCAACAUCAGAUUUUGAUAAUUUAAUUUAUAAAUAUAAACAUGCUAUAGCCUACAGGUUUAAAAGUAA